CUCCGUUGCUGGAGGACAGGCGGCGGCGGCGGCGGCAGAGGCAUCGACUGGUCGCUGCGGUCGGAGUUCUUCUUCUUCUUCUCCCACGGUGCGCUCCCCUCGCGCGCGCGCGCUCCUGGACGCGGAACCCAUUGAGCGAACUGAUCAUGGAGUCGUCAUCACGACCGUCUUCGGCAGCGUCGGCGCUCCACUUCACUACUUUCUUCUCCGCAGCGCCGGAUCGCGAGGAGAGCGCGCUAAAAUAAAAGCCGUCGAUUUGCAGCGAGGGAAACUUUUCUUUUUGUAAAAGAAUAUUUUUUGAUCGAGAGACGCGUGGAAUGGAGAUGCCAACUUUCUUGCUGUCGAGUCUGGCUCUGCUCUUUGUCGGAGGGGAUAUUUUCACCAGGUGAGAUGAGCCUUUUUUUCCCUUUUAGGGCCAUGUUGAGUGACAUCGGAGACUAUGUCGGUACAGACAUUGAAAUCUCCUGGUUACCUAAUCUGGAUGACUUGAUGAAAGGCUACGCCAGGAAUUUUCGCCCCGGUAUUGGAGGUCCACCAGUGAACGUGGCCAUGGCUAUUGAGGUGGCCAGCAUUGACCACAUCUCUGAGGCCAACAUGGAGUACACGAUGACCGUGUUCCUGCGGCAGAGCUGGCACGAUGACCGGCUGUCCUACAACCACACCAACAAGACGCUGGGGCUGGACAGCCGCUUCGUGGACAAGCUGUGGCUCCCCGACACCUUCAUCGUCAACGCCAAGUCCGCGUGGUUUCACGACGUGACUGUGGAGAACAAGCUGAUCCGGCUGCAGCCCAACGGAGUCAUUCUAUACAGCAGCCGAAUCACUUCAACAGUGGCGUGUGACAUGGACCUGACCAAGUAUCCUAUGGAUGAACAGGAGUGUAUGCUGGAUCUGGAAAGUUAUGGUUACUCCUCAGAGGACAUUGUGUAUCACUGGUCAGAGAGUCAGACACACAUCCACGGCCUGGACAAACUGGAGCUCUCCCAGUUCACCAUCACGGACUAUCGCUUUGUUACGGAGAUGAUGAACUUCAAAUCUGCGGGCCGCUUUCCAAGACUCAGUCUUCGCUUCCAGCUGAGACGAAACCGAGGCGUCUACAUCAUCCAGUCAUACAUGCCUUCAAUAUUACUGGUGGCCAUGUCCUGGGUCUCCUUUUGGAUCAGUCAGUCAGCCGUCCCCGCUCGCGUGACCCUGGGGAUCACGACCGUCCUCACCAUGACCACGCUGAUGGUGAGCGCCCGCUCCUCCCUGCCACGAGCGUCAGCCAUCAAGGCGCUGGACGUGUACUUCUGGAUCUGUUACGUCUUUGUGUUCGCGGCCCUCAUCGAGUACGCCUUCGCUCACUACAACGCUGACUAUCGACUCAAAGAGAAGGCCAAAGUGAAGGCCAACAAGCUGAGCUCGGAGUCCAUUGUGAAAAACGGCAAACAGGCGAUGGUUCUGUUCUCCCUGUCGGUCACCGGCAUGAACCAGGGCGUGGUGAUCUCGAGCCGCCAAGGCCGGAGUCAGCGUCCCAGCAGCGAAAUCCCGGGGGAGGGCUGCGCCGAGGAGCCCGAGCCGAGGAGGAGGAGGUCCAAGCAGGCGGAGGAGACGGAGGAGCAGAAGAAAUGCUGCUCCAAGUGCGUGUGCAAGCCCAUCGAUGCCGACACCAUCGACAUCUACGCCAGGGCCGUGUUCCCUUUCACCUUCGCCGUGGUGAACGUGAUCUACUGGGUGGCGUACACCAUGUGAGGAGUAGGCAGCAGGUCUGUGCAGAUGGCCGCCAUCCAGGACUGUACUGUACAUAAGGAACUGCUGGAGCUGGGCCACUUGAGUGUGGGCAGACUGGUGCAGCUGCAGUAUACUGUAGGAGAAGCAGAAGACAUGCAGCUCCACAUCCCGUCAAGAUGGAAAAUGGCUAUUGAGGAAACUGCCGUAACGGGGAUUCAUAUCUUUAAAUACAAAUACACAAUUUGCUGUAUAAAGACGAUGGACUGUGUCGCCCCUCGGAGAUUCAGUGAAUGCAACCUCACCAACGCUCCAGAUUCCUUCAUCGUCCUGCUUGAACAACCUGCAGCACUGACCACAAACACGUUCCAACACAAAUAGUCGUAGUCAGCUUAACUAACCCGAAGCCACAACAACCUGGAGUGAAGCGCUUUUUAUCUUAACAAAAGCAACAAGAGCAUAACCAGAGGUGAACAGUUAUUCUGCAUGGCUGAUAAGUCCCUCACCCUCCGCCCCCCACAUUGCCACCCCCCCUCCGCUCCUCCACCCCUUUUCUUUUUCACUUCAUUUUUUGUUUAGGGCACCGUCUGGAGUGUCUUAUCUCUUUCUGCCAGUUCUGCCUGUUUCCUUACCAUUAAAGGACUUCACUACCUG